UCACUGUAUGACCGACUGACACAACUAUGGAUACUAUCCGUUAUAUAGUUUUCACAAUUAUUUUGGCAUUCUGCUCAACUGGUAUCCAUGGCUUGAAUUGUGGUGGCAACUAUUGCACUGAUUACUGCUGUAUUGAUGACUCAGAUACCUGCUGCUCUUACAGUUACAGUUCUUGGGGUGGGGGUGACACAGCUGGCACAGUGAUUGGGGUCUUGGUGUUUAUCGGCAUAGUUGUCGGGAUCUACGUGUGUUGUCGGCGAAGAUACCAUCCCGUGGUCGUCCAGCAAGCCGCUCCGGCUGGCGUGACGGUUGUCAGUACUAACAACCAAAUGGCCCAGCAGAUGCAGUAUCCAGGGCAACAGUACGCCCCGCCCCAAUAUCCGGGAGCCUAUCCACCACAACCUCCACACGGCGGGAAAUUCUAGACGACGAUACUACCAGCUAUCGUGAUGAGUUAAAUUAAUGUUUUAUGAACCGGCGAACUUAUUUACAUUAUUUCUUUUACCUUCAGGACUAUUUAAUAUGUAUCAAUGAGUCCUGAAAAUAAACAGUAACAUUGGUGUAAUUAUAAUUAAUGCCAAAGACGUAGUUUCAAUUAAAAUGAAUCGUAUGCGUUGUUUUAAGCUAGCACGAUCUCUCUUCCAAAAUGUGCUCAAUAAAAUACUCGGGACAGUGUCUCUAUAAAUGAAAA